CAUGAACAUGCCCAACAUCACAUACCCGAUCCCCCUCAAAACCCACCACCACAAGACUUCUUCCAACAACUCUUGGAGGGCCAACAAGCAUUACUUGUCGGGUUCAACACAAUGAACCUCAACUACACAAACAUGGGUGAACAACUUGCACAAGUUCGAGAGGAGCAACGGGCGGGUUUCCAAAGAAUGGAGGAGCUACGGCAAGCCGACCUCCACCGCUAUGAAGAAGACUAUCGUAGGACUUAUGGUCCUAUGUACUCAUAUAUGGCCCAUCACGGGAAUUUCUCUUCUAUGGCCACUCCUCCUCCACCACCGUCUUGCUAUGACCCCUCUCAAUGGGGUAACUUUGGAGGUUCGAGCUCCGGUGGUGGGGUAUGUGAUGGCGGGAUGGGAGACGACACUACCAUGGGUGAAGGGGGCAAUGAAGGCGGGCACUAGGGAUAGUUCCAUGAUUCAAGUGUGGGGGAGGGAAAUUCAUCUCUUGGACAUCAUCUAUUGAAGAAAAGAAGAAGAAGAAAAGAAGAAGAGUAAAAGAAGAAGUAAGGAACAUAGAAGAUCCUUAAACCCAAGGAAAUGUUGUUCUGUAAACUCAUUUACAAUACCUGAUGGUCU